AUGAUGAAUGUGCGGUGUAUGCUGUUCAAACUGUUAUUGUUCCAAAUACUGGUGCCUUGGUGCAGUCCCAAGCACAUUACAAUCGACCUUUCGAAGGAGGCUCAGCAGCCGUACAAUGAUGUCCAGGAUAGCAUUAGAAACCUGAUACAUACUGGUAUCUACUCCCACAAACACCUGGACCCUUCCCUGGUGCAAGUAAUACACCCAGUGAAGGUCUCCCGCGAAGGCGAGCUGGUAUCGCACGUGGUAGAUCACUCCCACGAGCACGGCCACUCUAGGGCGAGGCGAGAUCUGCAUCACACGGAACACUUGCAACCACAUAUGCUGCAUUACAACCUCACUGUUGAUGGGCGAACACUUAGAUUGGACCUACGGCCAUCAGUGACUUUUAUCACACCAGGAAUGAUAGUGGAGCGACAUCACACUGGCGGGCGUACUAGAGACAGACCACUACCCGAAGCGACUGCGUGUCAUUAUACUGGCAGCGUUCGGGGGCAACCUGGCUCGAGCGUAGCUCUCUCUGCUUGCGAUGGGCUUGCGGGUCUCCUAAGAACAGCACAAGGAGAAUAUUGGAUUGAACCAUCUACCCAAAAACCCGAUAAUAGCUCAGAGCCUAGACCGCACGUAGUAUUCAGAAGAUCAGCAGUUGAUAAGAUUGAAGCAUACCAUAGAGCAAAGAGAGAACUUAACAAUAGAGAAAACACCAAUGCUCACUUAAACAAAUAUAAUCAAAGAAAAUAUAAUCAAUCUAAUAAACGACAACGAGUUAAUUCUAAACGAAACCGCGAGAUCAAAGAAGCGAGAGACAAAUGGCGAAGGGAAUAUUCAGAACAAAGGAGAAGAAAAAUGCUAUUGCUUAGGCAAAACCCUACCGAAUACAGAAGACAUCAAGCGAGACUUCGAUUAGAAGCGAGACGGCUACAAUCGAACUCUAGAAGUAAUUCGGUAGAAAGCAGUAAGUCAGUAGACCAGUCGUCAUCCUUGGAAAAUAGAUAUAGAAAGCGAGUUAGGCUAACUGCCAGCGACUCAGAGAGAUUACGGCGCGUCAAAAAUCGAAGACGCCGUAAAAAGCGAUCAAAAAAUUGCGCAACUAAAGAACCGCGCAACUAUAUCUGGAGACAACAAAACUUGGAAAAGCAAGAAUUACAACGACAAAAUAGGGAGAACAGGCAACACCAUCGAUACUCACGUCACAAUACGUCAUCCUACGCCAAUGCUACGGGUGCAAGACGUUCGACUCGUUCCGUGAGCAAGCCUCGUCACGUCGAGGUUUUGUUAGUGGCUGACAAAUCUAUGGGCGAGUUUCAUGACCGCCGCACUUUGCAAACCUACCUCCUUACUAUCAUGAAUAUGGUAUCUUCCCUCUACAUGGACCCCACGAUCGGCAACUACAUAAAAGUGGUCGUUGUCAAAAUUAUCCUUGUGGAAGAAAUCGAGACAGCUCCCCAACUGAACGUAACCAUUAAUGCUGACGUGACUCUUGCAUCUUUCUGCCGGUGGCAACAUCAGCUGAACCCGGCUGACGAUACGCAUCCGCAUCACCACGAUGUUGCUAUUCUGGUUACGAGACAAGACAUCUGCAGCCAACAUGACGCUCCUUGCAGUACGUUGGGAGUAGCGCAUGUGGCCGGGAUGUGCAAGCCAGACCGCAGCUGUUCCGUCAAUGAGGACAACGGCAUUGCACUCGCGCACACCAUUACGCAUGAGCUGGGACACAAUUUCGGAUUGUACCAUGAUACGGAGAAGAUAGGUUGUAACCGCCGCACCGGAUCCACUUUACACAUCAUGACACCAAUCUUCGAGGCUGAUACCGUACAGGUGGCUUGGUCUAGGUGCAGUAAACGAGACGUCACCAAUUUCUUGGAUGCGGGAUUAGGAGAGUGUUUGAGCGAUCGACCCUCUCAAGAAGACUACGUUUACCCUGAAGAUCCUGCUGGUGUAAUAUUCGAUGCAACGAGUCAAUGCCACAUGCAAUUCGGGGCGGAAGCUGAAGUGUGCACGAACCCAACCGAAAUAUGUGACAUACUUUGGUGUAUGGUGAACAACUCCUGCAAGACCAUUGUCCAACCAGCUGCACCUGGAACUACAUGUGGCCCGGAUAUGUGGUGUCAGAAUCAAACGUGUGUACCACGAACACCGUUGCCUACACCAAGAGACGGGGGCUGGGGUCAGUGGUCUGAAUGGAGUGAGUGCUCGCGAACAUGUGGUGCUGGAGUGUCCACGCAGUUCCGCGAGUGUAAUAACCCUGAACCAUACAACAACGGCGCUUAUUGCAUUGGAGACAGGAGUCGCUACAAGAUCUGCAACACCAACCCGUGUCCGAUCAACGAACCAACAUUCCGAGAAGUCCAGUGCUCGAAACAUAACAACAUGACGUAUAAAAACGAAACCAUAUCGGAAUGGAUACCAUACUUCGACCAAGAUAAGCCCUGCGAGCUGCAGUGUGUGGCACGAGACGGCAGCGAUAUGGAGCUGUUGGGUGGUUUCGUUGCUGAUGGCACUCCCUGUCGCCAGAGCGUAGGCGCCCGGGAUAUGUGUAUCGCUGGUGUAUGUUAUAAAGUCGGUUGCGACUGGAUUGUGGGGUCGGAAGUGGAGGAAGACCAAUGCGGUGUAUGUGGAGGAAAUGGAUCAGCCUGCAAAACCGUACAGGGUAUUUAUAAUAAGGAUACCACUAAACAAUCAGGCCUUAGUGAGGUUGCGGUGAUACCUGCCGGAUCAAGGAAUGUGAAAAUCAAAGAGAAAGUCAAUCCGGGCAAUUUCAUUUCUAUUGGAAGUGCGAAAUCAAAUAAGAUUUACUUAAGUGGUGCUCAUAAUGCAACAGUCACAGAAUAUUUUGUGGCGGGUACGCAAGCUAUAUACGAACGAGAUCGCGACUGGGAGAAAGUAAGAAUUACGGGUCCACUCGCAGAAGACAUCAAAGUAUAUCAACGAAUUUACCGUGGACUUCACCGUAACCCGGGUGUAACAUAUCAGUACACGGUGGAUCGUCAACGCAUGCACAAGAGAUACAGAUACCGACUUUCUGAGUGGUCUGCGUGCUCCGCGUCCUGCGGCCUCGGAUAUAUUAGGCGACAUCAUGAAUGCGUUGAUGAAAAUAAUCGCAAAGUAGAACAAUCCCAAUGUUACCACAUCGAGCCGCCACGCCGCGAGGAAUUAAUGCAGCGGUGUAGACUACAUGAGUGUGCUACUCGCAAGUUACGUCCCCACUGGUGGGUCGGAUCCUGGAACCCCUGCUCCAAACCUUGCCACAUGCCGGGCAAGGAAGCGACGAAACAGCGCAGCGUUUACUGCGUAGACAAAAUAUCGAACAAAGUUAUAAAGGACUCCGAAUGUGCUGCACUACCUAAACCGAUCAGCACAAUCAGGUGUGCGGACGUACCAGCUUGUUAA